AUGAAGGUUGAAGAGUUGAUCAUAGAUGGUUUCAAAUCGUAUGCAACUCGUACCGUCAUCAGCAAUUGGGAUCCACAGUUCAACGCCAUCACGGGAUUAAACGGUUCCGGUAAAUCAAACAUCCUUGACGCGAUAUGUUUUGUCUUAGGUAUCGCUAGCAUGUCCACUGUCAGAGCGUCGAACUUGCAGGAUCUUAUCUAUAAACGUGGUCAAGCUGGUGUCACCAAAGCAAGUGUUACAAUUGUGUUUGACAACUCUGAAACUGAGAAGUCUCCCAUUGGAUUCGAGGGCUAUGCAAAGAUCAGUGUCACCAGGCAAAUCAUCCUAGGAGGAACGUCGAAGUACUUGGUCAACGGCCACAAAGCACAACAGCAGAACGUUCUCAACCUUUUUCAGUCGGUCCAACUCAACAUCAAUAAUCCUAAUUUCUUAAUUAUGCAAGGUAAGAUCACCAAGGUCCUCAACAUGAAGCCAUCAGAAAUAUUAUCUCUCAUCGAGGAAGCAGCAGGCACGAAAACUUUCGAAGAUAGAAAAGAGAAGGCACAGAAGACCAUGAUGAAGAAGGACACUAGACUCAACGAGAUCAAGAGUCUCCUAACUGAGGAAGUGGAACCCAAGCUAGAAAAGUUCCGCAAAGACAAACGCACAUUCUUGGAGUUUCAGCAAGUGCAAACUGAUCUAGAGAGACUAUCCCGUUUCGUUAGUUGCUGUCAGUACAAGGACUGUUCCGAGAAAUACGAUCGAUACUCCACAUUACGGUCUGAGCAUGAAUCCAUCAAGGCUGAACACAACACACUAAUAGAACGUCUCACAACAGAGAUUGAUAACUUGACACAUGACCUUGAAGAAGUCAGAAAACAGCGCCAAUCGGAACUUGUAAAAGGUGGCACCAUAGAGCAGCUUGAAGAAGAGGAGACAGCUCUUUCAGACAAGCUCACGAGGCUUACUACAUCUAGUGACUUGUUACGUGAGAAUAUCAAGGAAGAGGGCGCAAAACUCACCAGACUUCUACAACAAUCUGCAUUGAUUGAAGAGCUGAUCGCCAACAGUAACGACAACUAUAAGACUUCUCGUGAUGAGAACGACCGGUGUAAGGAAGAGCUCAAUAAACUAAAGGAGGAACACUCCAAAAAGGAAGAGCUUCUCACUGCAUUGUCCACAGGUGUUUCUGCCAAAGGUACGGAUGGUGGCUACAUGUCUCAACUCCGAAAAGCUAAAGAAGAUUUGAGUCAUAGCCAAGGUCUUAUUAAGCAAGCGAAGCUCAAAAUAAGCCAUCUAGACGAGAAAAGUCGAACCGAUCAGGCGAGACUUGAAACUGCCAAAAAAGAGUACGAAACUUUACUGCAAGAAACACAGGGCUACGAGAAAGAGAUACAGGCCAAGGAGACCAAACUUGCUAGCUUCGGUUUUGACGUGAAGGCCUACGAAGAUUUGAGACAACAAGAAAAGGACUUUCGCCAACGAAUAGCUGACUACCAGAACCAGCUCAGUUAUUUAAGGCGUGAGGUUGGCAAUAUUGAUUUUCAGUACGCUCGUCCCUAUCCCGACUUCAAUCCUCAGUCGGUGAAGGGUGUGGCUGUCCAGCUUUUCAAAUUGGAGGAGGACCAUCAUGACAAAGCUUUAGCACUUCAAGUAUGCGCAGGUGGAAGAUUAUACAACGUUGUUGUGGACAAUGCCAACACAGCUUCGGCACUCUUGGAGAAGGGCCAAUUGAAGCGAAGGGUGACCAUUAUUCCUCUAGACAAGAUUUCCGCAAGUUCAAUACCCGACAAGACAGUACAAUAUGCCAAGGAACAAUGCCCAGGAAAAGUGGAGCUUUCACUUAAUCUUAUCGACUUUGAGAAUGAGUUAUACAAAGCAAUGGCUUACAUUUUUGGCAAAACUUUUAUAUGUCAGGAUCCCCAGACUGCGAAGGUGAUCACUUUCGACCCAAAGAUUCGUGCUCGUUCCAUCACGCUCGAGGGUGACGUUUACGACCCUGAGGGUAACCUUUCAGGAGGGUCAAGGAAAAACAAUUCAUCCACAUUGCUUUUAAUGCAAAAGUAUAACGCUGUUUCUCAAAAGCUCAAGCAAACUGAAUCUGAGCACGCUCGUGUGAGACAUGAACUCGCUCGUCUUGAUAAGUUGGGUGAGCAAACCAAGUCUUUACAGAGCGAAUUAAUGUUAAGUCGACACGAGUUCACGUUAUUACAAAAGAAGCUAGACAACAAUCCCGCUGCCCGAAUAAUCAAAGAGUUCGAUCAGAACGAAUCACACGCUAAAGAAUUGAAGUCUCAAAUCGAGACCGAGAAGAAAAGGUGUGAGACCUUUGAGCAGAAUAUCAAGUCAAUUCAGAAGGACAUCGACGAUUUCAACAACGAUAAAGGCUCAAAAUUGAAGGAGCUUGAUGCAACUGUGAAGCAGUUGCUUUCUAAAAUCAACGCUCAGAAUGAUGAGGUCAAGAAGUCCUCCGAGAAAUUUCAAAAGUUCGAAGUCGAAAUGGAGCAACAAGUGCAAGAGUUGGAAGCUAUCAAGGAGUCCGCAAAUGCAUCCCGGAAUGUUACAGAUGAGGGAGAAAGGGACCUCUCUGACAUGCUCAAAACCAUGGAGCAGAUAACGGAGUCCUUGAACAUCAAACGGGCUCAACUAGAGGAUGAAAAAGCCAAGCUUCUUGGCUUCAAUGAUGAAAUAAAAGAACUUAGUGAUACACUCGCAGCGAAGACGGAAGAACUUAACGGGGCUAAAUUGUCAAUUCAGAAGCUCAACCAUGACUUGGAAAAUGCUGUUGGUAUCACAACUCGUUUAAGAGACGAACUUGAUAAGCUUCUUCAAGAAAAUGAAUGGUUGGUUGACGAGUCAGUCGUGAACAACAUCCUCCAGCAACAUCAAGACGAGAAUGUGAAAGAAUGCGUCCAGCGUCUUUCAACGUUGAAAGAGCGUUUUGAUAGCAUGAAGAAGAAGGUGAAUGCCAACAUCAUGAGCCAAAUCGAUACCGUAGAGAAAAAGGAGGCAUCACUCAGGCACAUGAUUAAAACUAUCACUAGAGAUAAGACGAAGAUUGAAAAUACUAUCGAAAAAUUGAACGGCUACAAGAGAGACACCUUGAACACAACAUAUCAGAAAGUGUCGGAUGAUUUUGGUAACAUUUUUGCUGAUCUAUUACCUGGCUCAUUUGCUAAGUUGGUUCCUGUCAACAUGUUCGACGUUACGAAAGGUCUAGAAGUUAAGGUUAAACUAGGUCAGGUUUGGAAGGAGAGUUUGACAGAAUUGUCAGGAGGUCAAAGAUCUUUGAUAGCUCUUUCGCUUAUCAUGGCUCUUCUUCAAUUCAAACCUGCUCCCAUGUAUAUUUUGGAUGAGGUUGAUGCCGCUCUCGAUAUGUCUCACACUCAAAAUAUUGGGCAUCUUAUCAAAACCCGUUUCAAGGGCUCACAAUUUAUUAUUGUGUCCUUGAAGGAGGGUAUGUUCACCAAUGCAAACAGGGUCUUCAGAACAAGGUUCCAGGAUGGUACUUCGAUGGUGUAUACUAUGUAA